AUGAUUUCGCCAUCGAGGAGUGGCCGCAGCAACAGUAGUACGACACCGGCAUGUCUGAAUGCGUGCAAGGUCUGGUCUGAGGAGGUUAUACGUAUGAUAGACAGUGGAGAGGUCAUUGGGCGGACAGAUAUGUCCGAUGAGGAGAUAACUCAAGUCUAUACAAGCCUUCGACAAGAUUGGACGUACAUGCCUAUUUUUUGGAACUGCCACGACCUUGCAAUCCGACUCGCUUACAUCAUUGUUCGGCCAUCGAUGCAUGUGAUCCGGAUUCUCAAAGGACUCAUGAUAUCACUCCGCAGAGCCUGCAAUAAGGAGAUCAAGUGGGAUUCUACGGCCGGCAAAGUUUCCUUCGGCGGAUGGGGAGUAGCCGCUCUGGGUGGCAUCGCUAGUGUGCCCCCAUUAGCUAUGGCUGGUAUCGGUGUGUUCAUGGUUGGAUGUUCCGCAUUGUUCUUUGGAGGGGUUGCGGUGUCUGCAAAGGAGAGAGCAAGAUAUCAGUUCAUGAAGAAAUUGGAGGAGAAGUUCCCUCAGCUCAAGUCGCUUCACAAUUGA